UUUUCUGUUUGACAGGCACUAGCCACAUUACGUGUGUGAUGCUGCUUGGUGAAGAUAAACAUCCAGAAAAUGUCACCUCAGGAACUUGCUGCACUGCUCUGUGAAGAAGGGGACCACCAUCUCGCCCAGCAGGAGUUACCAGUAGCCACUGCCUUCUACACAGCUGCCUUCAGCUGCAGUGCCCCCACAGCAGUACAGAAAGUGAACUCUUUAGACAAAGGGCUCUGGGAGAAAGUUAUAGCCACCCUGGAGAUGUGGUGCAAAGGCAAGGAUCAGAUUCCCAAGAUCCAGAGCAAGAACUUGGCGGUUGUCUCCCUCAGUGUGGGAAUAGCUGCCAUCUUUCUCACCAGCCUCAGUCCCGACAGUAUCGUAUCCUCAGUCUAUAAAAUGGAGACCCUGCUCGGGCAAGGAGGCUCAGAGGAGGUGGUGAGUAGAUGCAAUUCCCUGCUCAAGGCUAACCCAAAGCAUUCCAUGGAACUGCUGCUGCUGAGGGCGCUGGCUUGGGUGCUGUCAGGGACAGAAGUUAGGAAAGGAGUUGCAGGCUAUAUCCAAGCCUUCGUGAUGCAUCGGACUGAGGCAGUGGCCUAUGUGUGUACCAGGCAAAGGGAACACCUACCACAGAUCAUCCAGGCCUUCUCUAAUUAUCUCUCAACUUGUCAAAAUGAAAGCCCAGAUGGCAGUUCCUUGGACCAGUGGCUGGGCAACUCCUAUGACUUCCUGUCAGCAGUAGCCCCAGGUGAUAUCUGGGUUUGCAGGGUGCAGGCAGCUUACCUCUUCAAGAAAAGCAAAUUUGAGGAGUGUGUGGCAGUUUGUAGCAAGGCUCUGAAGGGCUUCUCAGCUGAUAAUAAUCUCAGAGAUGGGAAAGCCUUGGGUCUGCUCUUGGAACGGGCUGCUGCAUACUUCUUUUUGGGUGGACGGAUGCAGGAAAUGAUGCAGGAUUUAGUAGAAGCCUUUGCAGCAAGCCCUGCCCAGGCACUGACACACUUCAAAGAGCUUUUUUCACCACAUGACACUGAGAGGAUAGAAGAACAUGCUAGAACUGUCCUGGAGGUGAAGUUUGCAGCAUAUAGGGAGGCUGUGCGCGCUCGGACUGAGCUGAGAGGCAGUCGUGGUACUGAGCUGCUCCCUUCUGUUAUCCAGACAGUCCAGUUCCUCAUUCAGAUCUGCCCAGGGUCCAAACGUGAGCUGAGUGUUCGGCUAGCAGACUGCCACCUCCUGCAUGGGCAGAUCAGAACUGCCCUGGAUAUCUGUGACCACCUGUUGGCAGCAGAGCAGAAAACUUACUACAACACUCUCUUAGCAUUGCGAGGAUUCUGCUGCCUUCACACUCAUGACCAUCAGCAAGCCCUACAGGACUUUCAAAAGGUCAUUGAGCACGAUUCCCCACAUCCUAACAGCUGCAUUAAAGCCUUAUGUGGCCGUGGACUGAUCCGGAUUUCUGGUGGCAGCCAUUACUUGACAGCUCUGGAUUAUAUCACAGCUUGCCAAUUAAAGCUGGAAGAAACCAUCUUCACAAUCAAGUCCUAUGUGCCGUGGAACCAAAGAGGACUGCUGCUGAAGGUUCUCCAAGAGGAAGGACAGAAGAUGCUCCAGAAGAAGAGGUAGCCAGGAGGCAGUUCAACCUGUGGGCAGAAAAAGAAACAGAGAUCUGGUGGGCCAUGAAGUGCUAAGCCUGUUAAUGCCCCUGGGGUUUACCAGCUGGCUUCUCUCUUGGUGGAGCUGGACACUUCUGAUGAAGCCUCACGGAUCCUUUGUGCUGAUGCCCUGUACCAGACGGGCUGUGUCGAAGAAGCCCACAAGCUCCUCUUAGUAGCACUCUCCAGAAAUCCACAAAGGUCUCCCAUCCUGGCUAGACUGGCACUUCUGCAGCUGAAGAAAGGUUUCAUGUAUGAUGGCAACCAGCUGCUAAAGAAAGUUAUCAGAAUUGGAGAUACCUCCUGCCUCCUGCCAAUCAUGGACAUUUUCAGAGAUGAAGACAGGAAGCUGAUGCAAACUCACUGCCAUUUCAGAGCACUGACCAUCCUGAGGGACAAGCAGGAUGAGGCUGACAUCAAGGAGGCCAUUGCCUACCUCUCCUUUGCCAUCAUUGCUGCAGGUGGUUAUGCUGAAGAUUGUCUUCUGAUCAGGGCAGGAUGUUAUGGGCGCCUUGGUCAGAAGAAAACAGCUAUUUUUGAUUUUAAUGCCAUCCUAAAGGAGGAUCCCAGGAAUAUGCAGGCUCUGAGUGGACGAGGAUUCAUCUACCUUGCUCUGAAGCAGCAGAAGGAAGCAGUGCAAGAUUUGAUCUCGGCGCUGAAGGUGGAGGCAGGAGUAGUGAUCCCAGCAAUCCUGUCUUUAAAGCAUGAAGCCCAAGGCCUGGUCACUCAGUGGCUUCUGCAGCACGGCAGGACAGCAUUAACUGAGCUGCUUGCUACUAAAGACCUCCCAAAACAAGAAACCCUCAGGGAGCUUCUCCUGGUUGCAAAAGCACUAAUUAAAAUUUGCAAGGAUUCCCAAUAUCACAUCUUCUACACGGAUGUUUUGAUUGCAAAGGGUAAGUAUGAAGAGGCCCGUGACCACCUCCGGGAGGCAUUUCGCCACUGUCCUGCUGAUGACUUUGCCACUGCCAGACUGGCUGUGCUGCAGCUGAAGAAGAGGAACAUGCCAGUGGCAGCUCACUCCUUCAGCAUCCUAGCCAAGAGAGAUGAAAGGGAGUUGGGGUUCCUCCUGAACUUCAUAGAUGCUAAGCAACAGCAGCAUCUCGCUCAGGUGGCAGCCCAGGAAGGAAAUGUGCUGAUGAAAGAGCACCGCUAUGAGAAGGCUCUGGGCUACUACACCCUGGCUGUCCUGACAAGCAGAGACAACCCGCGGUACCUCCGGCGCAGAGCUGCCUGCCUCACACACCUGAAAAAAUACCACAGAGCUAUAAAAGAUAUGGAGAAAGUGAUCCAGAGGCAUGGCCACAACAGCCUUAAAACACGUGUGGAAGAUCACUGCUCCCAAGGCCACCUGCUGCUGUUGGUGGCUGAGGAAGAAGCAGCUGUUCAGCAGUAUAUCGAGGCACUGCAGUUGGAGGAGUCUGUGGCAUUGCACAGCAUCAUGAAUGGCCCUGGCAGGGAAAUUUUAACCAAAACAUUUCAUAAGAUUGCACAGUAUAAUUUUGAAAUGCAGCAUUAUGAAGAGGCCUGGAAAAUCACAGACUAUGGUCUUAAAAUUGAUAAAAAUACUGAACUUAAAAAGCUGAAAACGAGACUGAAGCGAGAGGCAUCGAGCUGUAGCAUACAUUAG